AUGUUCUAUGCCGUUGAAGUUCUAGCUAAAGGUGGUAAAUUAGCUGCUGCUUGGAUUGCAGCUCACUUUGACCGUAGACUUACUAAAAGUGAUCUGCAAAGUGUGAGUAUUGCUGAAACUGUUGAUGAUAUCCAAAAAGGCCGUGUGCCUGUUCUGGCCCUGAGAACGUCUAGCCAUAUUUUGCUGGGACUUUCUAAGAUCCUCUUCCGGAAGACCAAAAUCCUCUAUGAAGAGUGUCAUACCAUAGCUUCCCAUCUCUCUAAGACUGAAGUUUCUAAGUCUGCCACUCCCGUUUACAAAGAAGCCGAUCGGGCUAAAAUCACACAUGAAAUUCGGAUUGAUAAUUUCAUUGGAGGAUUCUAUCCUACUACUACCAAUCAUUCCAUUAAUGCUAACCAUUCGUUUGCUGCCAACCAUUCCUUCAGUGAUCUUGAGCUGCCCCGGACGUCUCAAGUAGCUAGGGCUUCGCUUGGUUUUACUAAUCUAGACUAUUCCUUCUCACUCAAUGAUAUUUCUCUGGAUACUGCUGUUACUUUCCAUCGUGAUGAACUGGAAUCUGACGUACAAAUAAUCAACCAGGGCAGCACUUCCCUCAACACACUUAACAAUCUUUCCUCUAUCUCACAAGGCCCGCCCGCUGAUAUGCACUCAGCUCAAAAUCUACCUGUUGACAAUUCAAUCCCACCAACUGAUCAGGCCAAUCUACCCAGUUCUAUUGUUGAUAAUCUCUCCAUUUCUAAUAACAGUCUCACCACCCACCCUAAUCCUAGCACUUUAAUUGAAGCCGAAGUCAGCACUCCUCUCAAAAGAAAGCAAGCCACUCCUGAGCUUAUCAAGAAACCCAAGCUAGACACUCAAAUAUCUAUUACCAACAAUAACCUCACUCUAGCCCAAAACAUUGCCAAAGCUUUCCAGCCAACUCAGCCUACCCAUCGGUUCGAUCUUCCCGUCCCCAAAGAAAUCCAAGAGUUCUUCUUCUACCCCGCACAAACUCAAACCCAAGCCUCGUCCCGACUUUCAAUUGAAAUCCCUCGGCGAACUUCCCUUUCCGCUAUUGAACCCAUUCCUCACCACCCCCACACUUCCUUUGAGAACUCACUUGAUCAGAUCAGCUUGCAAGCUAUCUCCCCCGAAGACUCUCUUCUCGUCCAGCCCAAUACUAACUCCAUUCAUCUCCAACCCGAGCUUCCUUCCAACCUCUCAGCCCACCCCGAGCCAGCCGAUCUCUCUUGCAACAACCUCUCCCAUACCACCACCCAGCCCAACCCCAACUUAACUCUUCCCAUCACUAGUUUGACCACCACCAUAUCCGAUCCCAACUCCCUCCCCCGAGACAAAGCUGAGGCAUUCUUCUCUCUUCUUUUCCAAAUCACCACCGGCACUUGCUCCGCUACGCAAUCCUCUCCCUACAGCUCAAUUAUCAUCACUCCAUCCAUGCCCAUUUCUGUGGCCUCCUAA